CGCUGUGGUCAGGGCGCCGUCUGCACACGCGUGCUUCGUGCUGCCGCUCGUGUUGACGUUUCGCGAGCAGCGGACGGAUGUUGUGGCUUUCUCUUUUCUAGAAAACUCUUCUAUCACCAACCCUGCGUGUGUAUUCCCUGCGUCUCGUGUCAAGCAUGCAUGCUGCUGUGGAUUCAUUGGCGUUUAUUCUCAGGUUUUAAGAGGAGAGGACUCAGAUUUAAAGAAGCUUAUUAUUCCACGAGAUGGAGAAGACACGGACGUCCCCCGCCCUUCAAACAAAAGAAAGGAGCGGGACGACGGGUCGCGUGGCAAGCGGACUCACACCGGCAUGGGCGUCCUGAGCCUGUCCGUCGCGCGAUACGUGGACACCGUCAUGGCCGGACGUGGAUGGAAAAGAGUCCGAAUGAUGAACCGCGACUGAACCGACCAGGCGGGAUCCUCCAGAGGAUGGGGUGCGUCAAAUCCAAGGGGGGCAGCUACGCCGAGCAGGACGGGAGGAGGACGAGGGGGGAUAAGGCCCACUUGGUGCGUUCGGAGUCGGGCCUGGUGGAAAUAAGUUCUCCUGGGGUCGACCCGGCGCUGCUGGACUACGCCCAGAAGCUCUCGGAGGAGAUCAUGACCCGGGCUGUGCAGCAGUGGGUGGAGGUGGACCGCCGCUACAGCGACAUCCCCUACAUCGAGUGCGACGUGCCGUGAGCGCCGUCUUCCUUCCCGGCGGGAGUCCAUCGUGUUGGUGAGGCUCUGGAUAAAUGUGCAGACACGGGGAAUUUACGGCGCAUUUUUCUUUGUUGCACCCACUCUGGAAGUUCGUCCCCUCACGAUGUUUAAAAGUUGCAAAGGAAGGAAGAACUGGAGCCUCCAUCAACCAGGAAGCAAACAAACAAAGAGGACUUCCAUCCAUCCAUUUUCUACCGCUUGUCCCCUUAUGGGGUGGCGGGGGGUGCUGGAGCCUAUCCAGGCCACAUUCGGGCGGAAGGCGGGGCACACCCUGGACAAGUUGCCACCUCAUCGCAGGGCCAACACAGAUAGACAGACAACAUUCACAUCACCAUAAAUGAUUCCCGGGGACUCACGGGGAGAACAUGCAAACUCCACACAGAAAGAUCCCGAGCUAAGGAUCGAACCCAGGACCUUCGUAUUGUGAGGCACUUGUACUAACCCCUGUACCACUGUAGGACUUAUGAACUCAAAUAUAAGACGUUCCCCCUUAUUAAUGAGUGCAUUUCUACACCUUGUCCCUAGAGUCUGGAUAUAUUACACACGCGUAUACUAUACAUACAGAGAAUCCUUCAUUACAAACUACGUCAGGGAUUCUCAAACUGUGGCACACGAGCUCCAUCUCACUUAAUUACGUUUUAAAACACAGUGUUACUGUUCAAACUGUGUGUAUAAAUGUUAAAGUGGCCAAAAUAUUAAAUAUACGUGUUAAAUAAA